AGCCUCUGGAUCACGAUUCCGAAGAGUUCCAACGUCUUGUCACGUACACAAAAAAUACCCAUGGUUCUACCCACAACAUGUACGACCUGGAAGUCCUUGAUGUUCUCAAGAUUGCAAGAGAAGGAGAGAAGCAGACCUACCGUCCGUUUAAAGACUUACACAACCGCAUGUUGCUGUGGCACGGUUCUCGGACCACCAACUUUGCUGGUAUUCUAUCACAGGGCUUGAGGAUUGCUCCGCCAGAGGCACCAGUGACCGGCUACAUGUUCGGCAAAGGUGUUUACUUUGCCGACAUGGUCACCAAGAGUGCCAACUACUGCCGCACGUCCAAGACGGACAACAUCGGAGUCAUGCUGCUCUGUGAGGUCGCCCUUGGCAACAUGUAUGAGCUGACGCACUCUGAGUUUGUCAAUAAGUUACCGAAAGGCAAACACAGUACCAAGGGUCUUGGAAGAAUGUGCCCUGACCCGAGUGGCACUUAUGAAACACCAGAUGGGGUAGUUCUUCCCAUGGGCAAAGGAGUAGACUCUCCCACCACUAACACAAGCCUUCUCUACAAUGAGUUCCUUGUU